CGGGCCUCAGACGGUCAGUACGAGCGAGUCAGUGGUGCAGUAAAUAUGACGCGGUCAGUCCUCGCAGUCGGUUUCGUCUUCGCGAUGUGCUUCUUCGUCGAAAGGGCCUCGCCCCAGGUCCGCCCGCCCAAGCUCCUACUUCCUAAAGCGGAAACUACGGAGUGCGGCAACUGCGUUGACGAGUCCCUCCCCGAGCUUAACAAGUACAGCAUGCCGAUAUUCAAGUUUAAAGAGAAGAAGUACUACCUGGGGAUCUUUUUCAAGGCCAACUGGUUCAGAGCGUCGCAGUACUGCAGGUACCACGGGAUGCACCUCGCUAGCAUAUCCAGCCAGGAGGAGAACGACAAACUUGAAGAAACAAUAAGGAACUACGGUUACAGCUACGAGCACUUCUGGGUUUCCGGGACCGACCUAGCUGAGGAAGGCCAGUUCUUCUGGAUGUCGACCGGGAGGCCGAUCACGUUCACUAACUGGAACGUCGGCGAGCCGAACAACUUCAAGUACGAGAAUGGCGAAGAAGAAAACUGCCUCGAGCUCUGGGACCGGGACGGGAAAGGACUCAAAUGGAAUGACUCGGCCUGCUCCUUCGAGACGUAUUUCGUCUGCGAGGCGACUCCUUGAAAAAAAGGAAUAACAACAAAACAAAAAGGUCUGAGGAAAAAGGGCGAGAAAAACCCAAAAGUACAUAGAAUAUACAUAGAUAGUAAGGUCCGCCCAAUUCCGUUAUUUUUUACUCCACCUUGUAUCAGAAGUUCACAAGGCUUGGCCAAACUCAAAAUUUCACAAAAUAGGCGAAAAUAGCGAGUCACACGGAUCCACAAAUCCGAAUCAUUCAAUUCAUAAGAAUGAUUGCCAAGCUAAAAGAAAGUAAAAACCAUAGGUCAAAAACUUGUUACCAAUUUCUUGCCAUUAAAACAAUAAUUGAUAUUUUUUUAUAAUUAUAAAUUAUGGUUUUGUCUAUUUUUAAUUUAAAUUAAAGACAAUUUGUAUAUACGCCAUGGGCCAAAGAAGUGCGUGUUGUUAUUUUAAACAGAAAAUUUUUAUACCCUGUAAAUAACGACAAAAAAAUUGUGUAAUGUUUUAUUAAAUAGUUUAAACUUAGCCCAUUUCAUAGAAAAUAAGCAUUCAAUAUACAAAAAAAAAUACUAAUUCUAAUAAGUCAAGUUUAUUAUUUAA